CUGGUAGAAGAAAGAGACCUGUUCCUGACUAUGUCAAGGAGGAAGUUGGAGAAUAAAAGCCUUUCUGGCUUGUUAGCCACAUCUCUGCAGACACAAAUCAAGACAGACAGUUUCCACAAUUUUUACAUGCUUGAAUCGAAGGAGCUAGGAAGAGGAAGAUGUGCUGUAGUUAGAAAAUGUAUAGCUAAAUCCACAGGCCAAGAGUAUGCAGCUAAAUUUUUAAAGAAAAGAAGAAGAGGUCAAGACUGCAAAGCAGAGAUUCUUCAUGAAAUUGCUGUGCUUGAGUUAAUGAAAUCUAAUCCUCGCAUAGUUAAUCUCCAUGAAGUCUAUGAAACAGCAAAUGAAAUCAUCUUAGUGUUGGAAUAUGCUGCUGGAGGAGAAAUAUUUGACUUGUGUGUCCCAGAUCUGGAUGACAGAAUUGGUGAAAGGGAUAUUGUAAGACUUGUAAGACAAAUACUUGAAGGACUUUGCUGCUUGCAUGAAAACAAUAUUGUUCAUCUUGAUUUAAAGCCUCAAAAUAUUUUGCUGAGCAGUCUCAAUCCUCUUGGUGAUGUAAAAAUUGUAGAUUUUGGUAUGUCUCGGAAGCUUGAUAAUUCUGGUGAACUGCGGCAGAUCAUGGGAACAACAGAGUAUCUGGCUCCAGAAAUCUUAAACUAUGAUCCUAUUACCACAGCUACAGAUAUGUGGAACAUAGGUGUAAUUUCAUACAUGCUGCUGACACAAGAAUCUCCAUUUGUGGGAGCUGAUCAUCAAGAAACUUACCUUAAUAUAUCGCAAGUUAACGUGGAUUAUUCAGAAGAAACAUUUUCAUCAGUUUCACAGCCUGCCAAAGACUUCAUUCAAAAACUUCUUAUAAAAAAUCCAGAGGAAAGACCCACAGCAGAGGCCUGUCUUUCUCAUUUGUGGUUGCAGCAAGGGGAGUUCAUACUCUUGUAUAGCCCUGAAGAAACUUGUUGCUCUUCUCUGAUGCCAGGACACACAACAAAAUGCUCAGAAGAGCGAAAUACAAAAUCCAGUUGUAAUGGUACCUGUGGCAACAAGGAAGACAAAGAAAACAUUCCAGAGGACAGCAGUACAGUCUCCAAACGUUUCCGUUUUGAUGAUUCAUUGCAGUAUCCCCAAGACUUCAUGACAGACUUCGUAUGUUAAUGCGUAAUAUAGACUCUUAAAACAUGAAUUUAGGAUAAUCUAUUCCAGUGGCGAAUAUAAGAUUAUGGCUUGCCAAUUCAUGCAACAUUGGCAUACUGGAAAUGC